AUGUCGUCUUUUCUUGAUAAUACUAUUCACUCUAUUCAACCUGUCCUGUCACAUCAUCAGAUUGAGAAGGUAACGCACCGGGAAGCAGAUCUGGGUUCUGCUGCAUCCUCUCAUUACGCGAGAGGUCUCUGCUUCAUGCCUCAUCUUCGAUCACUGUGUCUGUACAGUGUAGAGCUGAGUGAUGAGUUCUACUUAACGAUGGCCUCUGAGGCAUCAAAAUCAAAGAUCCAGACGCUGAGUGUUAAGGAUGUUUCCAUGAUGACUCCACGGAGACUACUCUCCAUUCUCUCGCUACCACGCCUCCAGUCACUCACCUUGAGGGAUAUCAGACAAGUUGACAUAGACGAUGGAGAGACACUGACUCGUCCAACCUCAGUAGAUGAGCUUACUGUGGAUGGUAGGCAUGUGAUCAGCCUGUGGAAUCUUGGACUUCAUGCAUCAUGUCCCCAAGUGAAAAAACUCAAACUGAACUACCAGGACAAGGAGAAUGUCUCAUCAGACAUCAUCACAAUGGCCUGCUCUCCAUUCUAUCAUCUGACUCACCUUCAAAUCAAGGGAGAUAAGUAUCGAUUAUCUACUACACUGAAUGAUCCUGUGUCAUUUUGUGAUGCGGUAAAAACAUCAUGUCCUCGACUCACCAAGCUGUCUGUUCUCUACAUUACACUGAAGAACGAGAAGGCAGCCGAGGUCAUCCAACUCAUGAAGACUCAUCCACACCUGACAAGCAUAGAUUUGAUUGGGUGUCAUACCAAGGCGGAUCUGGAUCCACUGGUUUCUGAGGUGAACAGUGAAGGCAAGGUGACUGUCACCGUGAUGCAUGGUUCGACAUACAGAGAAGGUAGCAGCAGUCAGAGCAUACCUUUGAAGAGGCAAGCUCCUCAUACUCAGUCAAUUCCACAGGAUGGACCUGAAAUUCCAGAGAAGCAAUCAAGCCAAGAAUCAAGAAGGCUGCACCUCGACACAACAGUCGAGUUUAUGAGAGUAUGA